CACUUUUUUUUUGUCUUCCUUCACAAAGAUACAAAGAUGGCUGUUCAUUGGCUACUGAUAUGCCAUGGACUGAUAACUCUUAUUGUAGUCGUCUCGUUUCUCUGUGGGCAAUGGCCAAUCUUCCAAGGAACACUCAUUAGCUCCAUCCACCGUUUCAUCACUUUUGGAGCUUACCAAUACUUCCUGAAGUUUGUAGGUGCUGUUUUUGGAGACAAAGGAAUAAAUUCGAUACUUUCUGUUGAGUAUUAUUGUUGUGAUAGGCCUAAUCCUAUCUUGCAGAUUAUAUACUUGGCAAUAAUCGGAUCCAGUUAUUGGAUUAUAGUGAAGACGUCCUUUCAAUUUGUACCUGGAUAUUAUCUCAGUGGAGUCCAUAGGUACACGAGUUUGUUGGCAGUUGCAAUCGGGAUUCUUCUCUUUCUUUUGACUAGCUUUUCAGAUCCAGGAACUGUGACGGCUGAUAACGUUUCACACUAUCUAUCUGUUUAUCCUUAUGAUAAUAUCAUAUAUACAAAGAAAGAAUGCUCGACUUGUAAACUUCCAAAGCCUGCCAGAUCCAAGCACUGCAACAUAUGCAAUCGAUGUGUUGCCCGCUUUGAUCAUCAUUGUGGUUGGAUGAAUAAUUGUAUCGGGGAAAGAAAUACGCGAUACUUUUUGGCUUUUCUUUUAUGGCAUUUCCUUAUAUGCAUGUAUGCAACAAUUGCUAUUGGAUUGGUUCUCGCCGGAAGAGUAAAAGAAUUGAAAAUUGUAUACAUUUUAACAGUUUAUUAUGGUGUGGAAAAUUCUUUUCGCAGUUUAGCCCCUCAAAUCGUACAGUGGCUGUUAGGUUCGUAUAAUACCCAAAUACUUCUUAUGGUGUUUAUGGCUAUAGUUUCGCUCUUGUUGGCUGGUUUCUUUGCAUAUCAUGCUAAGCUUUGUCUGACAAACACCACAACGAAUGAGACGUUCAAGUGGCAAGACUAUGUAAGCUGGCAGAAGAAACUGAGAGAAGCACGAGCGAGCUCGGCAGCAUUAAAAGCAAGCAUCGACAGGAUGGAUAGCGAAAGAAAGCCUCCAGAGAAAAAAUGUAAAUCCUUCUUCAAAAGGUCCCUUCUAGAGAAUACUGAAGCUGUUGCAAAGAACAAUGUGUAUGAUAAAGGAUUCUUUCACAAUUUGUAUGAGAUCAUUUUUCCAGUCCCGACAAGAGCAUCGCAUUCGCAUACCAAAUCAAAAUCUGGCUAAGGUCGUUAACUGUUAAUUAAAAGGUUCAUUCUUUACUCGAACUCCGCAUCCCAGUCAAUAUUUUACUUCUUGCCACCAUGCUAUAAGCCAGAGAUUCAGGAUGGAUUUAGGAGCAUGGUCUAUAUUGUACAACUUCAUGAGACAUGAUGGCUCGGUAUUAUCGUUCGGUAGUCGUAUAAAUCCACAUGUUUGUGUUGUAUUCAUAUUGCAGUUGUGUUUCAAGUUCAUUUUAAUAAUUAGGUACUACAAAGUAAAAGGAUCACUAUUUUUCUCUUUAAUGUGAUUUGAAAUGCAUGGAAUCUUAGUAAGAAAGAAUCUAUCUAUGACCAUGUUGGAGACAAAGGAAUAUAUAUAGUUAUUUGUUUAUGAAUUGGAUUUCCUGCAAGUGCUUUUCC